AUGCAAGAGCCAGAGACUACAGAAUCGGUUGAUUCUGUGACUAGAAGUCCGCCGUCCGACAUUGAAAGAGAGCCUUUGCUCAACUCCCGCAGCAACUAUGUUGACCCAGACGACCCAAUCGUUUCCCCGUUGAAUUUGGACCAGAUCAAGCUUCUUCGAGUUUUCCUCGUGGCCAUUUUGGGUUUUAACUGCUUGAGCUUCUUUCUCGUUUUGAUUAGCGAUUUCAUUUCUGUCCCCGGGUUCAAUAACAGAGGAAGACUGUUUCUUGAGUUGGAUCUUACCAUUUUGAACAUUGCUACAGGUUUAGUAACAUUAUGGUGUUUUACAGUUCCAGCGUAUUACGAGAGAAUUCUUGGCUACAUAAGCUUCGUAUUGUUGUUUGUGGAUCUUGUGGUUAUUCUUUCGGUCUCGUACCUCAGAGACCAACAAGGGCCCUUGGGAAAUUUCCUUCUUCUUUGGACUUUAUUCAACAUUGGGGUUAAUUGCUUUGCAGAUUUCACUGUAGAAAGGAGCAAAGCACGCCAGGAAAUAAAGUAUACUGGGCGUGUCGAAAAACGCAAAUCCAUCUUCGAACUUUUCGUGAUGACAGUCAAAAUCCUAGUCAAGUUGUUUCUCUUGUUGGUUGUGUGGAACAUUAGUUUGUCGCUCAUUCUUCAGGCUUUUGACUCGCACGAAAAACCUUGGGGAAAGAUGAUCCCCGUGAAUGAGGAUCUGUUUAGCAUUCAUUUGGCAUGCUUUGGUGAUGUACAUGCGAACAUGACCAAAGAUGAAGAUGAUUCAGGCAAGGCAAAACAGCCGAUUUUGCUUGUGGAAGGUGGCCAGCAAGCAUCAUCAGAGCAAUUCCAAGAGUGGAUCCAGGAAUUGUACCACAUGAACAAAAUCGAGCGGUAUUGUAUUUGGGAUCGCCCAGGCUACGCGUUCUCUGAUAGUGCUCCAUCGCCAUUAUCAAUCUCCAUCAAUAUUGAGUAUCUCAUGGAAGCACUUCGCAAAGAGAAGAUAGAGGGCCCCUUUUGCUCUGUCGGAUUCGAUAUUGGCGGUCUUUACUCUAAAGUAUUUGCCCUGCGUAACGUGGGCCAAAUGCACUCGAUGCUUCUUGUGGAUAGCUGGCACGAGGAUCUCUUGAAGCAUUUUCCGUUUAGCGGCACCAACAAGAAAAAUGAAAACCGUCAUGUUUUCCGGAAAGAUUUCGAUUUGAUGGACUCAUGGCAGGGUUUCAAGCUUUGGCUUCGGGGCUUGAUUUCCCCCUUGGGUCUUGUACGCAACUUACACUGGUUUUUCCACCCUCGUAAGUACCUGUCAAAGAGCCGGAUCUUUGGGCGUGACAUGGUAUACAGCCCCAAAUACUUGCGUGCUCGUUUACAAGAACAAGUGACGGCGUCAAUCUUGUCGUACAAUGAGGUACACACUGCCGACGUCCUGAAGGUGCCGUUAUCAGUUAUUCUGUCAGAGUACAUGAUCAAGCAGUCGCUCAAUUGGGGAAAAUGGCAACGGGAAUUGACGAAGAUAAGUCUGAAUACUUUGGAGUGGGUGGUUGCAGAAAACACCAACCACCGGAUAUGGGACAGCCCUAAGGGCCGUGAGCAGCUACAGCAACUUUUGCUUCGGUUGGUAAGCGAAAAGUCCAACUACCUUGGUUAG